UUUUCGCGAGUGGAAAGGAGGUUCUCUGCCCUUCGGAGCUGUCGCAGCCAGCAGCCAGCGGAGUGCAUUUUCCUCAGUCUCGAAGGCCUCUCCCCCACGUCGGUUUGUGUUGUGUGGUGUUGUGUCUUUGAAGUUCGAGGCACCGGGAUACGUCUGGAUGUGGCCAACUUUGACGAACUUUGAGAGUGACGGUGUGACUUGUUCGUUAUUCUGUGUUUGAUCCACCAUCGACCAAGUGAGGUUUUGCUACAAAAGCCGGUUCCGAUAGCGGGGAACUGAGACCAAGCGGGUGCAUAAUCCGCUGUUUCCAGGAUUGGUUGCCCCCCUCUGCAAGAUUUCUUCAGUACGUGAACAGUCUGUGAAGUUCUGCGGCUGACCCCGGCGGUGUUAGGCCUAAUCAGGGCAAAGGCCGCCCUGUCCACUGAUCGGACGUGUCCCGGCAACCGGAAGAUGGAUCUAGAAUUCUACUCUGAUUACAACGCCUCCGAGCCUUAUCCAGCACAAACGUGUCUCAAGAGCAUGUCGGCGCGAAAGAACAAAGUGCCUAAGCAAAUCAAAUUCCAGCUGGACCUUCCAACAAGGGGAAACCUGAUGGGGAGCGAUGGCGGUGGGACGCUAAUCGCUCCAGAGAACAUCAAGCGGGAGAUUCCCGACGACUCCUGUGUUCCAUCGGGUCCACGAUCUCUAGGGUCCAUGCAAAAAGUGCCUUCUUUAUCGGACCUUUCGGAAGAGAGCUCACUCGAACUUCCGACACAAGUCCCGCCGUUAACGCCUGGGACGAACCAGAAGAUGACCCAGGCCCUCACCGCCAGUUUCAGUAGUUGGGAGAAGGAAAGGGAAACAUUAAACAUUCCCAAAGAUCCUCGGCAGUGGAGCGAGAUGGACGUGGCGCACUGGUUGGGCUGGGCCAUCCGUGAAUUCAGCCUGGAAGGCGUGAACAUGCCCAACUUCAAUAUGAAGGGCAAAGACAUGUGUGCCCUGGGGAAAGAUGCCUUCCUAACAAGAGCGCCGCCGUUCAUGGGAGACAUAUUGUGGGAACAUCUCGAUAUCCUGCAGAAAGAUGUGGAAAAAGAGCGCGCAUCGCUGGAAAACGUUCCUUCAAACCUGUACGAAUCCGUGUGCGUUCCAGAGUUGGACGACUUCUUUCAGCAAGGUGGCAGUUUUCCAAUGCCCGAACAGAAAGUGACUCCGGUCAUGAAUGGAGCCACGGCGCCGACGCCACAGCCUGCCUUCAUCGACAGUAGUUUAGCACCACGUGACCUCGACCGUUACUACCAGGAAAAAGUGAAAGAAAAUGGCAGGACAACGGGUGGUUACAACCAUAUUAGUGAGUCCCUCCAUACCCUGAAUGACAUGAACCAAGAAGAGAUGGGAAUGGGCCACAAUUCGUACGACGACCCUCAAGAGUACGGCUUGGAAACACCGCAGUCUCACCCACAGUAUCUGGACAGUAGCCCAGAGUUCUACCCAUCCACAUCAGCAGUACUUCAUGAAUCAAAGUUUCAUCCCACUUACACAACUAGCAAAGAAUUUUCUAGGUCACGGUACUCUCAUCAUGAUAUGGGCAUGCCAGAAAGGUACACACCCCACCACUACGAGCCACCUCUUCAAAUGGUGCCCACAGCUGUACAGAGCCCCGCCGAGCAGUGGGUUGCCCACCAGAAUGGUUCUGGGGCACUUUCUGUCAAUGGCCUGUCACAUCAUCAUCCUUCUUCAUUUGGUGGGCUUCAUGGGAUGCGAGAUGGUCCUCUUGGUCAUUUGAGCCCUAUUCCUGGACCAUUACGACAACAUGGUGACAGCAAACCUGUCAUCCAAGCAGCUGUUCUAGCAGGUUAUUCUGGAAGUGGUCCAAUCCAGUUGUGGCAAUUCUUACUUGAGUUGCUGACAGACAAGUCAUGCCAAGGCUUUAUCAGCUGGACAGGUGAUGGCUGGGAAUUCAAGCUCACAGACCCAGAUGAAGUUGCUCGACGGUGGGGAAUUAGAAAAAACAAGCCCAAAAUGAACUAUGAGAAGUUGAGUCGGGGCUUGCGUUACUACUAUGACAAGAACAUAAUUCAUAAGACCGCAGGCAAACGUUAUGUCUACCGUUUUGUCUGCGAUCUUCAGGCACUUCUUGGCUACUCCCCAGAAGAACUGCAUGCCAUGGUAGAACUCAAACCUGAAAAGAAAGAGGAGGACUGAAAGACUCUUAAUUAUAAGAUGUGAAGUGUCCACAAAGUACUCCAGCUGACAAAGGCCGUCAUGUGCAAGACUGUUUUGCUGGAACACGUAUUCUGCAACGUGAAUUUCGCUUUGGGUUCUUCAUGUGAAGGUGCACUGCCGUGGGACAUAGCUUGAUACAGCAGUGACACAACUCAUGGUCCAAUGUCACAUUGCCGAGACAACUGUGGGUGCCCCGAGAGAAAAACUAAAUUGCCGACCUUGUGCAGUUCAUGCUACUAGCCUGCAUUUGUUCCAAUCAUAAUAAUAAGCAUAUUUUAUGCAGAUUUUUCAGGAUGUCUAAAGAUCUGAUGUGGUGGUAUCCAGAAUGACAUAGGAUGAUGGUGUCUGUUUUUUUUAAACGUCACUUCACUCUUUCAGUUGUUAUAGGUUACUACAUUAAAAAGUAACUUGAAUCUAUGGAACUGCAGCAUGCCAUGGUCGUUAUAGUCACAGAAAUGUUAGACUGACUUACCCUGAUUGCUGAGACUUAGCAAUAUCAGUGGUCAAGUGCUUCCAAAAUGGCUAGCGAGGUGUUCUUUUACGUCACUUUAUACCUUCAUUUACAAAUUCACAUUGAAGGUGCUUAAAGAUUUCUUAUAGGGAAGCAUGGUGCAGAACAAUGAAGCACACUUUAACAAGAAUGAGGUAGCAAGCAAUGCCUCAAGCAGAGAGGGAAGUAGAUUCUUCUAUAUGGCACCUUUAAUUGCAACCGCAGCAUACUUCCCAUGUUUGCGUUCUGCAUUAAAAAAGUUGAGAAAGUGAAGCUAAACUCAACCAAAGCCAUAGAGUUUGUACUAAAAGAAUCGAUCGCGUCUCAAGUUUUGUCGGAGAUUAUGGCAUGAAUGUAAUUGCUCACACCUCACAGCAGCAAUGUGCAGCACUGCUGGAUCUACAGGAGGGGCCCCAUUGAAAGUAUGGAAUUCUUAGUUGUCACUUUCAAGAAUGUCGCUCAAAAUGGUGUGUGCAUUUGUUCAUUGUACAGUAAUCAAGAAUACAGCACUUUUGCAGUCUUUUACUACAAGUAUAUUGAGUCUGAGCACAGCUAAAGGCAAAGUUUUUUUUGGCUGUGAAUGAAUGUGAAGUCUGUGUGUAUCUUUGAUUUUUGAACUGCUCUUUGAAGGAGAGUGAGUUAAAUCCAUUCAGUGCUAAGGCAAGUUCAGCAAGGUGGACUUCUCAAAUAUGUCUGCAACAUACGACACCCUGUGGUGCAUUGUAAUGGGACAGGAGGAAAUGUGCACGUGUUCUGGUAGCUGAUGUCUGGAUACUUCUCAAUUAUUUGUAUUCUCCGUCUACAUUUAUGCAUAUAUAAUGUGGCACAACAGAGGCAAAGCAAAAAAGGUAUUUGUAUGGUUGUUACUGUUAAUUUAACAAUGAAAAUAGAUGUACAGUUUUGUUACAAAAGCUCUCAACACGAGGCUGCAAAUGUGAAUAUUACGAAAGAGGUUUAUUUGCGUGUGGUGUGUAUUCAUGUAUGUAUGUGUGUGUGUUUUAUAGUCAGUUAAUGUAGUCAUUAGGAUUAUGCUAUAUGGCUGAGUGCAUUUGGAGCAAAGUACAGCAAAGAGCCAAAGUAUUUCAUUGUGGUAUUUCAUCUACUCUAACCGUUACCUGUGAGUAUUUGGACUUUGGUACGGUAACAUACCCUAGGCUGUAAAUUCUACAUUCUCUACUCUUCCGUUAGUUACUGACUCGACACAGCGUAUUAGAAAUUGAAUCACUGUCCACUUCUCGAACAUGUGCACAUAAUUAAAAGUGAUGUGAAUAUGCAUUUAUUUUGUAGAUAUAUAAAUAUGUAUGUAGACAUUUCCUGAUAAAAUCUUCAAAGAUAAAUUCAGAGCACCACAAAGUGAUGCAAAGAGAUGCAGAAAUGAGACUGAGACAGAAACCUGCAGUGAACAAGAGGGCUAAUUAUUACUCACGAGAGUUGAAAAGUUACCUCUUCCUUAAUGUUUAUAGUCUGUUUUCUGAUAUGUAAAAAUUUUGGUAAAAGUUGUACUGAUGAAAAAUAGGUCGCGCGAUCCAUUUUCUUGUUUGAGUAAACAUAUGACCUCCCAUUUUCCUGCAUAGUUCCGUGCCAGUCUUGUUUUUGAUAAAUUUCUUUGCACCCUUGAUAUAUAUAUAUAUAGAUAUAUAAUUAUUUCUCAUCACCGAGAACAUGACUAUUUGAACUUUGCUUAAAAUAGGUGUGCUGCAAUUGCAUGCCUGAAUUAAGCAAACUCCUCCUAGAAUCUUUUAAAUUCAGAGCUCCUGUGUACUUUAUGGUAAAACUAAGACAGGUGAUAAUGCUGCAACACAACCGAUGCUGCAACACAAUGAAAACUAAUGGACAUUCAGUCGCAAUGUUGCCUAAGGAAACACAAUGCCUCAAGUAUGCAUAGCAAAUGCAGAGCCCUGGGCUGAGAAUAUCAAGUUAUUCUCCUAAAUGAUGGCAGAAGCUUUUAUCUCCUAUGCAUUCCUUUGUCUUUUUUUCAUUUUCCCACUUUCAGAUUGUUUGCGAGAAGUAUUAGGGACAUGCAGUAUUGUGAAGCUUUGUCUUUGCCAAAACAAUGACAGUGCCUUAGUAUCCACCCGUGUCUUCCGAGAGAUAUAUUUAUGAUAAUAAGCAGAUUCAAAGCCUUUCUGGAAAGCAGAUGGGUGCCUCAACAUUAUGAUCGUUACGUUAGUGCCUGUAGCUUACUUUUCUUGACACAUAUUUGUUCAAUGCUAUGCUUCGACCUCUCGUCUUUGCCGUUUGACCUUUGGUACAUCAGCUGUGCAAGUGCAAGAUCUCAUGAUGCCUUGUGAAGUCAUGCGGGAUUAUUAUCUACAGUGAUAGUAUAGCAACAUGUGAUCUGCUGGCUAUAUAUCAUUUGUCCAAGAAUGUGAUUGUUACUAAUGUUUCCAGUUGUUAUGUUGCAAGGUAAAUUCUGUAAUCUUUGCAACAUGCAUCCCUGCAGACAUCAGCAUUAAAAUAAAAGCACAGACACGCCA